AAGAUCCAUCUUUGUGCAAUAUUUACCAAAGUAUAGAGAAGAGAUAAUGUACUUAAACAUGGAUAUACCUAACUUGGUAUAUGCUCUUUAUAGAUAACAUACUUUUCUAAAUCCAAAGUCAAACACUCACAUCAACUGAGUUGAAAUUCCAAUAAAAACUGGAGCAAGGGGUUUAGGUUAGGUUAGGAGUAAGAAUGGAGAAGAUUGAGCACACAACAAUUCCCACCAAUGGCAUUAACAUGCACGUUGCAUCCAUCGGCUCCGGCCCGGCGGUACUCUUCCUUCAUGGUUUUCCACAGCUAUGGUACUCCUGGCGUCACCAGCUCCUCUUCCUCGCAUCCAAAGGCUUCCGAGCCCUAGCCCCUGAUCUCCGCGGAUUCGGUGACACUGACGCACCACCAUCUCCUUCCUCCUACACCUUCCACCACAUCAUCGGUGACCUCAUCGGCCUCCUCGAUCAUUUCGGACUCGACAAAGUUUUCUUAGUUGGCCAUGAUUGGGGUGCCGUCAUCGCCUGGUACUUCUGCUUGUUCAGGCCAGACAGAGUGAAGGCUUUAGUGAAUUUGAGCGUUCAUUAUCUAAAACGCCAUCCAUCCAUUAAUUUCGUAGACGGAUUUCGAGCUUCUGCCGGCGAAAAUUUCUACAUCUGUCAAUUUCAGGAAGCUGGAGUUGCGGAAGCAGAUUUUGGAAGUGUUGAUACAGCGACAAUGAUGAAGAAAUUCAUGGGAAUGAGAGAUCCUGUGGCGCCACCAAUUUAUAAUACUAAAGAGAAGGGAUUCAGUUCAUUGGAAACUCCAAAUCCAUUGCCUUGUUGGUUAACAGAAGAGGAUGUUGAUUUCUUCGCUAGCAAAUUCUCCAAAACAGGUUUCACUGGAGGAUUCAAUUAUUAUCGAGCACUUAAUCUGUCAUGGGAACUAACGGCGGCAUGGAAUGGAUCAAAGAUAGAAGUUCCGGUGAAGUUCAUAGUGGGGGAUCUGGAUUUGGUGUAUCAUUUUCCAGGUGCCAAAGAAUACAUAAACGGGGGAGAGUUCAAGAAAGACGUGCCGUUUCUUGAAGAAGUGGUGGUCAUAAAAGAUGCAGCUCAUUUCAUCAACCAAGAAAAACCCCAUCAAAUCAACUCUCUCAUUUAUCACUUCAUCAACAAGUUCGUCUCAUCAAUCUAAAAAUAUUUCUACUUUUACUAAAUCUCCAAUAAUGGUGAUUAGGGCACCGACUCAAAGUUAGAUGGAGGAAAUAAUAUCCUUGCCUAUUAUCCACUAGUUUUUUAACACGUUUAGUGCCAACGUGACUAUCCCAAAUAUCUAUAUGAUAUAUAUGGGUGAUUUGAAAAAUUGGAAAAAAUGGUGUGUUCAUAAUUAUUUAGGAAAAUAAGAUGUUUUUUUUGUCAUU